AUGAAGAAAACUUCAACUACUGUCACCUUUUUCCCUCUUCAUAUUCUUCUUCUCUCUUGUUUCCUUCUCCAUCUCAGUCAAUCUUUUCCUCUAAUGAAAGACGAAGACGAUGAUUUGAUAGACCAGAUAUGCAAGAAAACACCGUUUUAUGACCUAUGCAGCUCCAUCUUACAUGCCAACCCUCUAGCUCCGAAAUCUGAUCCUAAAGGUAUGGCUCUGAUAAUGGUGAACGACCUCUUGGCAAAUGCUAGUGACACACUGAGUUUCAUUGAAGAGCUUAUCAAACGGACAUCAGACAAAGAUUUGGAGCAACAGUUGGCUUUUUGUGCGGAGUCAUAUAUUCCGGUAGUGAAGUAUAUUAUUCCACAAGCAGCUGAAGCUAUAAGCCAAGGAAGAUUUGGGUUUGCAAGCUACUCUAUUGUUGAUGCGGAGAAGGAAAUUGAUGCUUGUAAUAAGAAAUUCUCAGGUAGUUCAGUCUUAGGUGAUAGGAAUAGCAUUAUGCAGAAGCUGGUGGAUGUAGCUGCAGCCAUUGUAAAAUUGUUAUUAAAUGGUUGA